AUGGCUGCGAAAUACUUCGAGUACAAGAAUGAGGUCCUAACCUCGACAGAGAAGAUAGCCGAAGUAGAUGCCAAAUCUGCGGAAACCUCCCUCUUCCCCCAUGCCUCGUCCGCCACUACCCUUCUCGACCCCGAUAUCUUCAGCCCUGGUACGGUCCUGCAUAUUUCAGCUCGAGGAAUCGGCGUGCUCCGAUUUCCAGGGCCUUGCUCCGAGCUGAAAAUCCAAGUUUUUCAUAAUGACGGGAGUCUGGCAUAUACCUCGACGAAAGCAAAGCGGUGCUCUGGUGACGCAGUGCUCAACCACCCAAAGCUGGGCGACAUAAUAAGCACGUCAUACUUCUUUGGUCCCAAGCGUGAGCCUGAUUUGAGGUUGGUCCAAGGUCAAACCGGGACAGGCGACAAUUCCGACCGAAUUAAAGUCUCUGGGAAGCUGGGUUCUCGGUCCACAACCUUCACCACCCCAAAUGGGCACUCAUUUGAAUGGAGCUACUCACACAGGAAAGACAUAUCGGGCAAGAAAGUCAAAAUCAUUGCACUGCGCCAAAAGGAAACGGGAGCCAUCCUAGCCCAGCUGAUCAGAUCCGAUGGUACGCGGACGGAGGGUACCUCCAGAUGCGCGGCUGGAAAUGGGGGGCAGCUCAUACUCGACCAGGAGGCGACAAGUCAUUUAGAUGAGGCGGUAAUCGUGGCCACAUGCUUGGUCAUGUUGAAGAAAGAGAUUGAUCGGAGGCGGUGCUUGCAGAUGAUGGUGCUCGUCGGAAUUGCUUAG